AUGAGUCAACAAUACACAGACAUAGCACACAGGCUGAUACAACAGUCGAGACGGUCGCACCUCACAGACAGCUUGUAUGCUUACGAUGAUGCAUCGGUGCGCGAAAUUACGCGUGAAUGUCGAUAUCUCAAUAGUCAAAUCAAUGACACUGUCGAAAGACUGACAAACGAGGCUGAUCAGAGCUUGAUGGAGAGUGACAAACCUACACUUGCACAACUUACAAUAUUAAACCUCUGUGCACAGCGGAAUAAAAGGUGUUUAUUGGGAUACCAUCAUCACAGGUUAAAUAAGUUACGCGAUUUAUAUUGGAAAUCUGGCGCCGCAUUGGCACACCUACUCAACGAACAUGAUAAUGGUGGUAUACGCGAUGAACUCAGUCCUACGGAGGUUGAUUUCCUGCGAGGAUAUUCCUCUUUGAUAACACAAUACAAGUCGCCAUUUCUGGACGUCGUUGAUAUUACCUCAGGUAGCUUAGAACCUCCAAAAGAUUUGCACAUCAGUGUCAGGGUAGUUCGCGACGCUGGUCUCAUCGAAACCCAAGGGGGCCCUGUCGAUUUCAGAGUUGGACAAAGGUUCAUGGUCAGGAGGUCAGAUGUAGAGAGAUUAUUAGUACAAGGAUACCUCGAACAAGUAGAUUAAUUUAUUAAUAUAUGUACAGCAGUUCAUUUAUAUUGCAUUCUUUAAUAUGUUAUGUCUAAGUCAAGUAUGGUCGAGUUAAUAGGCGUGUUCGUGACAUUGUUUCUCAUGUGUUUAUCACUGGAGAGCGUCAUACCGUCCAAUUCCCAAGAUAUACUUGCUAAUGAGAAACCCUGGGUUCCCAAUUUGGAACCACCUAUAUAUUGCUUGUUUGGAUCAAGACCCUCAAUUUGAGGUCCGAUUGAUACUUUCUCCCAGACUGCGUUUGUUGGCUGGUGUGCCAUUGACCUGUGCGGCGUAUUGGUGUAUGGAUCUAACCUACCAAGAUCUUUGGUUGCGACAUCUUGGAAUUUUGGUUCAAUCGGUAUAAAAUGCUUUUCCUUCUUCUUCUUGCUUGUUUCAAUUGUCGGCGUUUGACUGCCUGAAGGUGUAGGAUCAACUUGAGGUGUUGGAGGAAUCGACGCAUAAGCUGGCGUCUCAACACCUUCCAUCUUGACAUCUUCGUCUUCCUUCUUCAAGGCAUUCUGCUUUGGUUUGUUUUUCCUCACACCUGCGUUCUCAGCUUUGACUAAAAUAGCAUGUGACUCCUCCAUUCGCAAUCUCUUCAGAUAAUUUAUCUCGUCAUUAGUUCCUUGAACCUCACGUGCGUAUACAUCCAUCCAAUUCUCCGGUGUUAUAUUUUGACUCAGUAAUGCACGUUUAGUGGCGUAAGUUGUAGCGGGUGAGAAGAGUGCAGCACCGAUGUCACUGGCCCAACCUCCAAUUGCUCUGCUCAAGAACUUUGUACCGAAGUUUGGACCUUGGCUUGUCAAAGCUGCGAGAUCAGCAUCUUCGAAUUGACCUUCGUCUUCAACUUGACAUAUAGUACCUGGUUCAAUCUUCUUUUCAGCACAAUACUUUCUUGCUUUGUCCUCAUAGUAGUCAUCUUCGACGUGUUUACCAUUAACUAAGACCUUUGCACCGAAGAGUUUGUAUACAUUUCUCGCUGCAACUAUCGUUACUGAACGCGAACGUGAGUUGGCCGCGAGUUUACCCUCUGUGAUAAGUCUCUCUUUCUCUUCUUGCUCGAGGGUAAGCUUAACAAGUAAGAGAUUCCUUCUAAACAUAUAAAGUGAGUCCUUGUAUCCCGCACCUCUCGCGGCAUCGAUAGAAAGCAUGUAAACCUUCUCGCGGUCGUGUCUGAGUGAACUCGUGAAUGUUGGCAUCUUGUAGCAUCUUCCACCUUGUAAAUUACCGUGCUCGUCUAUUUUUUGAUCACCGCGGACAUCAUCGUCAAUUUCAAGCUCGUCUUCCGUGUACCAAUAUUCAUUACCGCCGAUAGUUCUAAGCACACGAGGGGCUGGUUUAUCAGGUGGGAUGUAUCCAA